CGGUCCGUCGCCUCUUUCGGUUGUUUCCCGUCCGCUCGGCGGCUCCCCUUCCCCGCCCGGCUCUCUGCGCCCCUCCCGGGCGCCGGGGCGGCGGGGCCGUCGUCGUGCUGCCCUCCGUGCGUCCGCGCCUGCGCCCGAGAGCGUCUCCACGUCCGCCGCCCGCGGCUCGGCGCGCGACCCGCGACUCCGAGGCCGAGCGGGGACAGGGGGCUGCCCGCCAUGACCCCCCGGAGCCCGGCGUAAGGGGGCUGAGAUGCGUUGACCUGCUAGCCCCUGCCCCGGCCUCCCUCCUUGAGUCACUCCCUCCGUCCACGCCCUGGGGGACCCAUCCCCCGCACCACCACCAGCCACCAUGUCGACCUCGUCGCUCCGGCGCCAGAUGAAGAACAUCGUCCACAACUACUCGGAGGCUGAGAUCAAGGUCCGGGAGGCCACAAGCAACGACCCCUGGGGCCCGUCCAGCUCGCUCAUGUCCGAGAUCGCCGACCUCACCUACAACGUCGUGGCCUUCUCGGAGAUCAUGAGCAUGAUCUGGAAGCGGCUCAAUGACCACGGCAAGAACUGGCGGCACGUCUACAAGGCCAUGACGCUGAUGGAGUACCUCAUCAAGACGGGCUCAGAGCGCGUGUCGCAGCAGUGCAAGGAGAACAUGUACGCCGUGCAGACGCUGAAGGACUUCCAGUACGUGGACCGAGACGGCAAGGACCAGGGCGUGAAUGUGCGUGAGAAGGCCAAGCAGCUGGUGGCCCUACUGCGGGACGAGGACCGGCUGCGGGAGGAGCGUGCCCACGCGCUCAAGACCAAGGAGAAGCUGGCGCAGACUGCUACCGCCUCUUCGGCAGCGGUGGGCUCGGGGGCCCCCCCUGAGGCUGAACAGGCGUGGCCGCAGAGCAGCGGGGAGGAGGAGCUGCAGCUCCAGCUGGCCUUGGCCAUGAGCAAGGAGGAGGCCGACCAGCCCCCGUCCUGUGGCCCUGAGGACGACGUCCAGCUCCAGCUGGCCCUUAGUUUGAGCCGCGAGGAGCAUGACAAGGAGGAGCGGAUCCGCCGCGGGGAUGACCUGAGGUUGCAGAUGGCCAUAGAGGAGAGCAAGCGGGAGACUGCUGGCCAGGAGGAGUCGUCCCUGAUGGACCUUGCUGACGUCUUCACGGCCCCUGCUCCUCCAGCAGCCUCGGACCCGUGGGGGGGGCCAGCACCUGUGGCUGCUGCCAUCCCUGCGGCUACCUCCACCUCGGACCCCUGGGGGGGACCCCCUGCGCCUCCAGCUGCUGAUCCGUGGGGUGGUCCAGCCCCGACGCCGGCCUCCGGGGACCCUUGGAGGCCUGCAGCUCCAGCAGGGCCUUCUGUGGACCCGUGGGGGGGGACCCAGGCCCCUGCGGCCGGAGAGGGGCCUACCCCUGACCCGUGGGGGAGCUCGGACGGUGGGGUCCUGGUCGGUGGACCCCCAGCCUCUGAUCCCUGGGCCCCGGCCCCAGCCUUCUCGGACCCCUGGGGGGGGUCACCUGCCAAGCCCAGCACUAAUGGCACUGCAGUGGUCGGGGGGUUUGACGUGGAGCCUGACGAGUUCUCUGACUUUGACCGACUGCGCACCGCCCUGCCGACCUCGGGGAGCAGCACAGGGGAGCUGCAGCUGCUGGCCGGGGAGGUGCCUGCCCGAAGCCCUGGGGCCUUCGACAUGAGCGGGGUCGGGGGCUCUCUGGCCGAGGCCGUGGUGAGCCCCCCGCCCGCAGCUGCCCCGACCCCCACGCCACCCACACGGAAGACACCGGAGUCAUUCCUGGGGCCCAACGCAGCCCUAGUUGACUUGGACUCGCUGGUGACCCGGCCGGGCCCCACGUUGCCGGGAGCCAAGGCCUCCAACCCCUUCCUGCCAAGCGGAGCCCCGGCCACCGGCCCCUCCGUCACCAACCCCUUCCAGCCAGCACCUCCUGCGACGCUCACCCUGAACCAGCUCCGGCUCAGCCCGGGGCCCCCAGGACCAGGGGCCCCGCCGACGUACAUCUCUCCUCUGGGUGGAGGUCCGGGCCUGCCCCCCAUGAUGCCCCCGGGACCACCAGCCCCCAACACUAACCCCUUCCUCCUAUAAGCCGGUGCGGGAGGGGGCUGGCCCGCCCAGCUCCCGCUGCCUGGGACACCAGUGUUGUGAGUGCAUGUGAAGCGGCACCCGCGCCCUCCCUCCCGGGGCCACUCACACUACACCUCUUCCCGCCUCCCCACCGCCUCACCUCCCCGAGAAACUGGACUUGGGGGUGGGGAGCGUGCCCGUCAGGGGAGGACCUCUUCCCGUGGCAUUAGAAAGGGAGGGACAGCUGCACCCCGCCCCCUCCCAUUCCCGACUGGCCCUCAAUCAGUGUUUGAGCCUCCUCCCCUCACUCCCUCGGUGAGUCCUUAGUGAUUUUGGCAACUUCGGGAAUAAAUGGCAAUUCUCAUGGG